AUGACUUUAUCCUCGUCCCAACCUCAGCCUCGAACCAAUUCGCUGGCCUUUGCGAAAACAGACUGCCACACGUGCGCUGCACAUCAUCGCAAAUGUGACCGGAGGAGGCCGCAAUGCUCGCCUUGUCUCGACAAUGACAUCCUGUGCGGCGGCUUCCCCAUGCAGUUGUCAUGGUCCGGACGCAAGCCAGCGGCCCGAAGAGCAAGAAAGAUCUUGGACGAAGCAGAUGACCCUUUCUACCUCGAGCCUUUAUCGCUCAAGAUGGCUUCGCAGUUCAGAGAUCGAGAAAAACGGCAUUGUUCUAAACCACGAGCACCUCAACAGUUCAAGUUUGUCGCCAACGAACCCUCAAUCCGCAAACGGCCUUUCCGCCAAUCCGGCAAAGCAUCGAGCCACCCGCAACCUUCUCCGAGCAAGGAGCCGCAGGAUCCGGAGGAUCUACCGCAAGGGAGCAGAGCAGAAACUGGACUUUUCGAUCAUUCUACGCCUCGGGUUCAGGCACCCGGCACUCCUGAUAAGCGGGGAGAAGGUCGCUUGCUCCUUGAUUCACCCGACAUGAACUUUCUGGUCGACCUUGAAGUGGACAAUUUUGGUCCAUGGAGUUGGUCUCCUACACCCUACCAGGGCCCGAAAGAGCUUUUGGGCGCAGAAAGCGACGUAGACAUGGAUUUGUCGACUGGCGCGGAACUGGGGUCCGGCUGUGAUGAUUCUUACCUGUCAGAUUCUUACAACAUGCUACAUUCACGUGCCGGCACGGGCGAGGACGGCACGUCGGAGCUGUCCUGGCCGCAGGACCCCGCCAGAUUGCCGUGUCUUCCUACUCCUCCUUCGACAGAUUCUCCGUUAGAUCUGGUCCCGCUAGACGGCAUUAUGCUGUACGAGGGCUUAUUCGAAAAAUUCGGAGGCUUGCUCGAUAUGUACGAUCGAGAGUUUUGCGUCCUGCCUCUGAGCAGAGAUAUUCAGAGUAACCCUUUUAGGUGCCGAUCGCAAACCUCCCAAGGCUCUCAGUUUCUCCUACACGCAAUCCUCGCACUAUCUUGCUACCAUACCACCAGGCAACCUACUAUCGAAGGAACCCGACCAUCUGCGGAUGUGGUGGAUCAUCAAAACACAGCCAUUCAACUAUAUCGCAAGGAGCUUGAGAAUUAUCACGGAGCGCAAGGUGUGCGACUUCUAGACACCACAUUGGUUCUUUUCACAUUGAACGCGACCCAGUCUGCCUUCGGAGACUGGAUUUCGUACAUCUCUGAUGCCCAGAAGCUUCUCAGCAUCGCUGGAGGGAUAAGGGUAUGGGAAAAUAAUCCGAGAGCCCAGGCUCAAGUGGUCAUGCUUCUCUGGUGGGAUGCGACUAUUGGCCUACUUUCGCGGGAAGGGUGUAUGCUCCCAUACUCCUAUCUGGAAGCACUUUUACCUUUGGAAAAUCACCGGUCAUGGAGUUUCUUCGACGUGACCGGCUGCCCAAGACAACUUGUGGUUCCUCUGAUACAGCUAGCCAGUCUGGCAGAAGAGAAGGAAAAAGCGGCAUCAAUGCGAUGGACCAGGUUUGACUUGACUCUGGUCGACGAGAUCCAGCAAUCCAUCAUCAACUGGAAAAACCCGGGCCUUGAAUUCCGAAUCGAAGACGACAGCAUGUCUGAAGAACAACUGCAGCGCCAACGGGACAUAUACCACUGUUCCGAGGCCUGGAGGUACGGGCUAUUGAUCUAUAUCACCCGAGUAUUCUACUGGAACCGGCACGACACGCCACCUCGAAAACUUGCUUACUACGCAAGACUCACCAUUGAGCACGUAAACUCAUGUCGGAACACGGCGCCAAUCCAGAGGCAGGUCCUACUCGCGCUCUUUUUUGCUGGUUGCGAAACGAGAGAUGCUUGUUUACGGCAGAGCAUCCGAGACUAUUGCCUUUACUGGAGCACACAUUCAGGGUAUCAGCUGUUUGCCACUGCAUCCACACUACUUGAAGAAUUAUGGACAGAAGGGGAUGAGUCGGGUGACAAAGGUGUUUGGUGGGGCUCUGUCAUUGAUGCGAAACAAAAGUCACAACAACAGAGAACGCAGCCGAUGCGGUUUUGCUUUGGUUGA